GCGUGGGAAACAACACGGUUGUCCUCCAAAGCACUAAAUGGCGCUCUGCAGCUCUCGCGCUGCUUGUCGCUUACGGAAGUUUAAGGAAAGAAAACAACAUUGGCCUUCGCUGCCUGAUUGAAGCGAAACCAGACAGCUGUUUAAAGUAGUGUUGUCGUCUGGAUAACAUAGAGAAGAAAACAAAGAGAUGUCUGACAGCGAUGACAGCGAUUUCUCUGAUAAUCAGAGCGAGAGGAGCAGCGAGGUGGAGGAGAACGAGGAUGAGGAGGAACAGGGGAGUGUAGCUGGCAGUGACAAGGCUGAGGAGGAGGAGGGAGAAGAUUUGGAGGAUGAGGAGGAGUAUGAUGAAGAGGAAGAGGAGGAUGAUGACCGGCCCAGGAAAAAACCUCGGCAUGGUGGCUUCAUCUUGGAUGAAGCCGAUGUUGAUGAUGAGUAUGAAGAUGAAGAUCCAUGGGAGGAUGGUGCUGAAGACAUCUUAGAAAAAGUUAACGAAGAGGCCGAAGUGUCCAACAUUGACCAUGUUGUAUUGGAUGAGGAUCACUCCGGUUCAAGGAGGUUGCAGAAUCUCUGGAGGGAUUCACGUGAGGAAGCUCUGGGGGAGUAUUACAUGAGAAAAUAUGCCAAGUCCUCAGGUGGCGAGCAUUUCUAUGGCGGCUCUGAGGAUCUUUCUGAUGACAUCACCCAGCAACAAUUGCUUCCUGGGGUCAAGGAUCCUAAUUUGUGGACUGUUAAGUGUAAGAUUGGAGAGGAGAGGGCAACCGCCAUUGCCUUAAUGCGAAAAUUCAUUGCUUAUCAGUGCACCGACACACCGCUUCAAAUCAAAUCAGUGGUGGCCCCUGAGCAUGUCAAAGGCUAUAUCUAUGUGGAGGCAUACAAGCAGACCCAUGUCAAGUCCGCCAUUGAGGGUGUUGGAAACCUGCGUAUGGGCUUCUGGAACCAGCAGAUGGUGCCCAUUAAAGAGAUGACAGAUGUGCUGAAGGUGGUUAAGGAAGUGACUAACCUUAAACCCAAGUCUUGGGUUCGUCUUAAGAGAGGCCUUUAUAAAGAUGACAUCGCCCAGGUGGACUAUGUUGAACCGAGCCAAAAUACGAUCUCACUGAAAAUGAUUCCUCGUAUUGAUUUAGAUCGAAUUAAAGCGAGGAUGAGUAUGAAAGACUGGUUUGCGAAGAGAAAGAAGUUAAAGAGGCCCACUCAGAGGCUUUUUGAUGCUGAAAAGAUCAGGUCUCUUGGUGGCGAGGUCAGCCAUGACGGAGACUUCAUGAUAUUUGAAGGCAACCGAUACAGCCGCAAAGGCUUCCUGUUUAAGAGCUUUGCUAUGUCAGCUGUGAUCACAGAAGGGGUUAAACCCACUCUGUCUGAGCUGGAGAAGUUUGAAGACCAGCCAGAGGGGAUUGACCUUGAAGUAGUCACAGAGACAACAGGUAAGGAACGUGAGCACAAUCUCCAGGCAGGAGAUAAUGUUGAAGUGUGUGAGGGGGAGUUAAUCAACCUUCAGGGUAAAAUCCUGAGUGUGGAUGGCAACAAGAUCACCAUCAUGCCCAAGCAUGAGGAUCUCAAGGACCCUCUUGAGUUUCCAGCUCAUGAGUUGAGGAAGUACUUCCGUAUGGGUGACCAUGUGAAGGUUAUCGCAGGGCGUUUUGAAGGUGACACGGGCCUCAUAGUCCGUGUGGAGGAGAACUUUGUCAUUCUGUUCUCUGAUCUCACUAUGCAUGAGUUGAAGGUCUUGCCCCGGGACCUGCAGCUGUGCUCUGAGACUGCCUCAGGUGUGGAUGCAGGAGGCCAGCAUGAGUGGGGAGAGCUGGUACAGUUAGAUCCACAAACUGUAGGUGUCAUUGUCAGGUUGGAAAGAGAGACCUUCCAGGUUCUGAACAUGCACGGGAAAGUUUUGACUGUACGGCACCAGGCAGUAAAUAGACGGAAGGACAACCGCUUUGCUGUCGCUCUCGACUCUGAGCAAAACAACAUCCAUGUGAAGGAUAUUGUAAAAGUCAUUGAUGGACCUCAUUCGGGCCGUGAAGGUGAAAUUCGCCACAUCUUCAGAGGCUUUGCUUUUCUUCACUGCAAGAAGCUGGUUGAAAACGGAGGCAUGUUUGUCUGUAAAGCACGGCACCUCGUUCUGGCGGGUGGCUCAAAGCCCAGAGAUGUGACCAAUUUUACAGUGGGUGGCUUUGCUCCUAUGAGUCCACGCAUCAGCAGUCCAAUGCACCCUGGCGGAGGUGGGCAGCAGCAAAGGGGCGGAGGUGGUGGCAUGGGUCGUGGCCGUGGGCGACGAGACAAUGAUCUGAUUGGGCAGACUGUCCGUAUAUCCCAGGGACCAUACAAAGGCUACAUUGGAGUGGUGAAGGAUGCCACAGAAUCAACCGCUAGGGUAGAGCUCCACUCAACUUGCCAGACCAUCUCUGUGGACCGGCAGCGUCUCACAACUGUGUAUGUUGUACACAAACAUUUAUACUUUAUCUGCUUCUUCCACAUUUGUUUAUUCCAUUUUUUGGCUAAUUUUUUGACAUUACUUCAAGCUGCCAGUGAAAGUCAGUAUGCGAUGUAUGGUUCCCAGACACCCAUUUAUGGAUCUGGCUCACGUACCCCCAUGUAUGGUAGCCAGACACCCAUCCAUGAUGGAAGCCGUACUCCUCACUAUGGCUCCCAGACUCCUCUGCAUGAUGGGAGCAGGACGCCAGGUCAGAGCGGCGCUUGGGAUCCCAACAAUCCAAACACACCAUCACGGCCUGAUGACGAAUACGAGUUCGCCUAUGAUGACGAACCCUCUCCGUCUCCUCAAGGCUAUGGCGGUACGCCCAAUCCUCAGACUCCUGGCUACCCAGAAGUGCCCUCCCCGCAGGUCAACCCUCAGUACAACCCUCAGACUCCUGGGACUCCUGCUAUGUACAACACUGACCAGUACUCCCCAUAUACAGCUCCCUCUCCGCAAGGCUCUUACCAACCCAGCCCCAGCCCACAGAGUUACCACCAAGUGGCCCCAAGCCCAGUGGGAUACCAAAACACGCACUCGCCUGCCAGUUACCACCCCACCCCAUCACCCAUGGCCUACCAGGCCAGUCCGAGUCCCAGUCCGGUAGGGUACAGUCCAAUGACUCCUGGAGCUCCAUCUCCAGGAGGAUACAACCCUCACACCCCUGGAUCUAACAUCGACCAGGCCUCCAGUGACUGGGUCACCACAGACAUCAUGGUGCGUGUGAAAGACACAUUCCUGGACGGAGGCGUCAUCAAUCAGACCGGUGUAAUCCGCAGCGUCACCGGGGGGAUGUGCUCCGUUUUCCUGCAAGACCCGGAUAAGGUUGUUAGUAUUUCAAGUGAACACUUGGAGCCUGUUACACCAACCAAAAACAAUAAGGUGAAGGUGAUUCUGGGAGAGGACAGGGAGGCCACAGGAGUCCUGCUCAGUAUUGAUGGUGAAGAUGGCAUUGUUAGAAUGGAGCUGGAUGAGCAAUUGAAGAUUCUCAAUCUCCGCUUCCUUGGGAAAUUGGAAGUGUGAUGAACUCCACGCAUUUAAACAUUUUGCUAUUCGAAUGCAGAUGCUGCGGAUUAGUCACUUUCAGUGAGCUUUGAUUUUCUUCUGUUCACCAUCAUCUACAUUGUGAAGUAACUAGCCUUUCAUUUAUUUGUUUUUUUUUUUUUUUUUUUAAGGUUUUAGUGGAUAGUAAAUUUUCUGUUUCUUUUGUUGUGU